AUGGAAAUUGAAAAUAGUGAGCAGACGAUCGAUGAAGGGCUUUAUUCCAGACAACUCUAUGUCCUUGGUCAUGAUGCUAUGAAGAAAAUGGGAAGUUCUAAUGUCCUUAUUGUAGGCUUAAAGGGUCUUGGUGUUGAGAUUGCUAAGAACGUCGUACUUGCUGGUGUUAAAAGUGUCACCCUUUACGAUCCUGAGCCAGUCAAGAUUUCCGAUUUAUCAUCGCAGUUUUUCCUUCAUGAAGAUGACAUAGGAAAACCCAGAGCUAUAGUAACUCAACCACGAUUGGCUGAACUUAAUCAAUACGUACCUGUAUCU